AUGGUGCACGUCAUGAACAGUAUCACUGAUGAGCCAGAUUGGGAGAAAAGGAUCUUUGACGAGAAUUGCGCAAGAGAAUGGCGGCAGAAGUUCCUGGACGUCUAUAACGGCCUUAGCCCCGAGAUGAUGGAUUGGGUCAUCGAGGAGGUCAAGUUCAAGGCUGAAACAUUCUUCAAAAAGGGAAUGGUCACUGCGUUGGACGGAGACGUGGUCAAAUCCGACAUUGCUAUCACUGAAGAUAUCAAGCUUGCCCUCCAGGCGGCUGUGGAGCCUCUGGAGAACAUUGAUGAGAAUGACAAGGACUAUGAACCCGGCUCGGGAGGACAGGUCGUCAACUUGGUUGAUCCGUCGUUGUUCGCGCUCGCUUAUUGUCGUAGUCAAAUACUCCCAGACAGAACGAUCGGACUCGAUGACUAUCUAUCCCAUUCAGGAAGAGCCAAUGUUCUGGAAGUAAAGUGGGAAGAGCAUGAUCCCUUCAGCGUCAUCAAUAACGGCAGAACCAGAACCAAGCGUGAAUUUCUUGACCUGUUCACGGCAUAUAGUCUCGAUUACCAGUGGCUGCCAUGUGAGAUCAAGUUCAGGGAUACUACUAAGGGCUGCCGUAUUGCGUCCUACAUCAACAAUCUGCGCCCAGAUCACCAUCCCCCGCUUUAUGAUGCUCUCGAACAGAUCAUCACAAGCGCCAUUCCCCUAUGGAACGUGAGUUUGACCCCUUUGAGAACCGAGCGACUACAUCGCCGAAAUAGGAUCAAAUUUGAGCGAAUUGAAUACCUGCCGAGCUCCAACUCGCUGCGUGAAGUCCUGGAGCUUGGGAGUCUGAGUUAUUUUGAGGAUAUCUAUGACCGUCUCUGGGAAAGAGAGAAGUCUCGUCCUGUUAAACCUCCAGAGACCGGGCGCCUUAAUCCCUGGCUAGAUCGACUGAGAAGUGAGAACCCUAUUGAUCUUCAAACCACAUUCCGUGCCAGAGGAUUGCAGGUCAUUGUGCAACUGGCCAACAUCGAGUUGACACCCGAGACGCCAAGAUACACCGGGACUCCCUGGCAUUUCCAAGGGCUAAUGAAUGAGCAUUUUUGCGCAACGGCCAUAUACAACUAUUCCUGCGAAAACAUCACCACUCCGAUAAUCUCCUUCCGUCAGAGACUUUCACCCGACUGGCUGCACGAGAAUUACUUCGACAAGGGAUUCGGCCUCCCCUGGCUGCCACAGGUCUUCGGGUGCAACGAGGAAGAAAAACAAAUCGUGGAUCUGGGCCAAAUCUCCUGCCGCGAGGGCCGUCUUGUGACCUUCCCAAACAUCUUCCAAACCAGCCUCGCCCCCGUGCAUCUGGUCGAUCCGGGUAAACCAGGUUAUUGCAAGUCACUGGUGUUGCAUCUAGUCGACCCUUAUGUGCGUAUCGUCUCGACCGCCAACGCCCCACCCCAGCAGGCGGACUGGUGGGAUGGCUUCAAUAUUCGAAGAGAUGUUUUGGCUCAGAAGGGGCUCCCAGUAGAGCUGCAGGAUAUGGUGCUCGAUUAUCUUGAACCAUAUCCUCUCACUAUUGAAGAAGCCCGCGAACUCAGACUUAACCUCAUGAGAGAGCGUGAUCGUAUCAGGAGGGAGCAGACUGAAAAGCUGGAGACCUGGAGGUUUUGA